AUGGUCAGAGAGAUAUUCAGCCCUCAUAACCAGGAUCACAUCUCGAUAGACUCCUGGGCGUGUGCGGCUUUUGAAAACCGUAUCACCGGGGCCCCAGAUGAAUUGGCCGGUAGGAAGAGGCGCAUCAGUGGCCCCGUGGCCGCCGCCCCAGCCGAGUCCAAAGGGAAUGCCAGCAGCAACAUACGCUCCAGCGCCGAAGAAUUCACAGUAACUGUGGCCACCAAAGCAGACCCGGCGCUUUGGGACUGCGCGAAACGCACGUCGAAGCGAGCACUUGAGACCGAAACGAACCCUGAGCGCCGCCGAAACAUCGAAGCAUGCCUCGAGUAUGUGAUGGAGAGCGGCUAUCCGCAGAUAGACGAGGUGUUUAUCGCUAUGGAUGGUGCCGUUGAGCAUUUAACUAUGGACGGUUUCUGUCAAGGGGUUCUGCAAUAA